AUGGGGGUGUGGAGCAGCAUCCCCAAGACUGCUGCACGUGGUGGCCCCACUGCCUACAGGACCGUGUGCGGUGUCAACGGGCCCCUCGUGGUGCUGGACAAUGUCAAGUUCGCCCAGUACGCCGAGAUCGUGAACUUCACGCUGCCUGACGGGGCCGCUGCUGGCGGGACAGGGACGUUGGGUCUCUGUGGCCCCCCCCAGAGGCGACACUCAUGCCCACAGGUCUUCGAGGGCACGUCGGGCAUUGAUGCCAAGCAGACGACCUGUGAGUUCACCGGCGACAUCCUCCGGACGCCCGUGUCCGAAGACAUGCUCGGCCGGGUGUUCAACGGCUCGGCGAAGCCCAUCGACAGCGGCCCCGCCGUGAUGGCCGAGGACUUCCUGGACAUUAACGGGCAGCCCAUCAACCCGCACGGGCGCAUCUACCCCGAGGAGAUGAUCCAGACGGGCAUCUCGCCCAUCGACGUCAUGAACAGCAUCGCCCGCGGCCAGAAGAUCCCCAUCUUCUCGGCCGCCGGCCUCCCGCACAACGAGAUCGCUGCCCAGAUCUGCCGGCAGGCUGGCCUGGUCAAGAAGUCCAAGGAUGUCAUGGACUACCAUGAGGACAACUUUGCCAUCGUCUUCGCCGCCAUGGGGGUGAACAUGGAGACCGCCCGCUUCUUCAAGGCUGACUUCGAGGAGAAUGGCUCCAUGGAGAACGUGUGCCUCUUCCUGAACCUGGCCAACGACCCCACGAUUGAGCGCAUCAUCACGCCGCGCCUGGCACUCACCACGGCCGAGUUCCUGGCAUACCAGUGCGAGAAGCACGUGCUGGUGAUCCUCACUGACAUGAGCUCGUACGCCGAGGCGCUGCGUGAGGUGUCGGCGGCGCGGGAGGAGGUGCCCGGGCGCCGCGGCUUCCCCGGCUACAUGUACACAGACCUGGCCACCAUCUAUGAGCGGGCUGGGCGCGUGGAAGGCAGGAACGGCUCCAUCACGCAGAUUCCCAUCCUCACCAUGCCCAACGAUGACAUCACCCAUCCCAUCCCCGACCUCACCGGCUUCAUCACGGAGGGGCAGAUCUAUGUGGAUCGGCAGCUCCACAACAGACAGGAGCACCUGGACCUCGUGCAGGAGAUGGAUGAGGCCAAGGAGAGGCUGGAGGAGUUCGAGCAGGCGUCACAGGCGCUGCUGGCCGAGCUGGCGGCGCUCGAGGCCGAGGUGCACAUCGAGAAGACGUGCCGGCAGCACGCCGAGGCCUAUGCGGCCCAGGUGGAGCAGGAGAACGUGCAGCUCAAGCGGCUCAGCCUGGCGCUGCCGCCCGGCCCGGAGCAGCCGCCCGUCGCCGCCGCCGGCCCUGUGUCCAGCCCCGCGACCAGCCGCUCCGAGAAACGGCAGAUGGGCGGCCAGGGCAACGCCCUUGGCCGCCGCCAGCCCCAGCCCGGCUGCCGGGGCUGGUUUCACCUCGUUUUGCGCCUGCGUUUCGCACGGGCCUGGGCCCGGCGCCAGCAGCGUGUCCUGCUGCAGCUGGAGAGGGUGAGCGCGGAGAAGGAGGCGCUGCGUGCGGCGCUGGACAGGAGCCAACGUGCGCUGACGUCCUUCAAGAGAGUGACAGCACCGGAGGAGCUGCCAGCCCCCCCGGUGCCACCACCGCCGCCCCCACUGCCACCGCCGCCCACCACGGUGCCUGUGGAGUAA